AUUUCCACGACCGUCGUCGAGUAGUUAAAAAAAAAAAAAGAAAGAAAGAAAGAAAGAAAAAAAAUGCAAUAAAAACAAUAUAAAGAAAGGAAAAGAAACGAUAUAUUUUAUAGUUUCUUCUUCUACGUUCUUUUGCUUCUUUAAGUUAAGGAGGAGCGGGACUGGAGAGGAGAGAACAAUAAAGAUAUAAAAUGACGACGCGUAGUACGAGGAAGAGGAAAUGAAGAAGAUAAAAAAAAAAAAAAAAAAUAAAAAAAAUAAAAAAAAGGAAAAAAAAGAAAAAAAAAUUCGUAUAUUUCAAAGUACACGUGAAAAAACAGGUUGGUAAUAAUUAAUAGGUAAACAGCGAAUGUAAAGAGGAAAGGAAGAUAAGUUAGAAUGUUAAUGAAUGUCAUGAGACGGGGGUUAGAGGUUACGGUGAAGGAAGAAGAUAGGUUGGGUGGGGGUGCAGUCUGAGGAGAGGGGAGGGGACGGCAACAGGGAAGAACGGUGAAAUUAAUUAAUCCUUCGGUGUCGUUUGUUUACAAAAUAUCCGCUUCCUGGAUAGGGCUGAAAAGCUUUCAGUUCUCGAGACUGACAAACGGACGAUGGUGUUGCGCGCGCAUUUAAUAUUACCAAGGCGCCACCAGUAACGUAUAAAUUGGGUUGCGAAUGAUUCAGAAUCAGUGAAAGUCAUCGAAACUAUAAUAGAUGGUAACUAUACGAAAAGAUACGCUCCUAAACCGACAAUCAUCUGUAGUCUCUCUCUCUCUCUCUCUCUCUCUGUCCCUCUCUCUCUCGCUCUCUCUCUCUCUCUCUCUCUCUCUCUCUCUCUCUCUCUCUCUCUAUCUAUCUAUCUUCUUUUAAUGUUCAACAGCUGCCAAAGAAGAUGACGAUGCUGUUGCUGAUGCAAUGGAAUCGCUUUCGUAAUGUACGAUUAUAGAUUAAUCUGAGAUAAAGAUAAAAUCUAUAAGGAAAAUUGUCUUAAUUUAUUGUUGUGAUUAUUAUUGAAAGGAAGAGGAAAAAAAUGUGCAGUAUUGUUCUCUCUCUCUCUCUCUCUCUCUCUCUCUCUCUCUUCUCUUUUUCAUAAUAUACAUGUAUAUAAUAUACGUACGUACACACAUAAACACAUAUAUAUAUAUUCGAAAAUUUUUAUUCAAUAGUAAUAAAAUAAAUGUUUGUUUGCGCACAUACAUCGUAUAAUUCUAUAAUGAAAAAUUGAAACAAUUAAAAAGGAAGAAUUUCAGAUUAAACGAUGCAAAUCUAUCUACAUAUGUCAUAGAUACAUCUCUCUCUCUCUCUCUAUAUAUAUAUAUAUAUAUAUACAUGUGUGCAUGAUGUAUCGCUCAAAAAAUAAAUUUGAAGGGAAAUAAUAAACAUUCGUCAAACUAAGAAAAACUAGAAAGUAAGACGUAUACGAUCGAAGAAGGAAUUGGACUAUGUGAUCUUUCGAAAUUGAUAAUUUCUCGUGAAAUUCAAUACGUAUAAGUAAUCGUAGCGCGAAAAAGAAUGAACGCUGAUUUUAUGAAUGAAAGCAUUGACACGAGAAACGAAAUAUUGUGAAUAGUAGACGAGCGGGUAGCGGUUAGAUUCUCGGAGGUAGCGCCGCUACGUAAUAUAGUUUAUCUAUCAAAGUAUUCAAAAAGAAAAUUGUAACAAUUGUUUCUUUUUUUCUUCUUUUCUCUUCUCUCUCUUUCUCUCUCUCUCUCUCUUUCUCUCUCGCUCUCGCUCUCUCUCUCUCUCUCUCUCUUUUGUUUCUUUAACUAUAAUAUUCAUUGAAAGAUAUCAUUUCUCGAUGAACGAUCUUUCAUCAUUCGUAUCGGAGAAAAUUAAAAAAAUAUUAUAUGAUAAAGAUAAAUACAUAAUCGGGGAGGUUAGUUCGGUGGCACUUGGUCACUUUGAUACGGGGUUGAAGUGCGAGCUGUGGCUCGUAAACGCAGAGAGGCAGUUAUGUAUGGUGUCGUCGUCGUCGUCGCCGUCGUUGCCGUCGUCGCCGUCGUAGAGAAGUCGUAGCUGGAGCGCCCUUAGUGCAGUGUUCAUAUAUGUACAUAGAAGCAGGCUUCCAACCGGCGAGUCGUGUAUUCAAGAGACGGAUUUUCAAAAAAGAAAGAAGGGAGGAAGGAAAGAGAAAGAGAAAGAGAGAUAGAGAUAGAGAUAGAUAGAGAUAGAUAGAGAUAGAGAGAAAGAGAGAAAGAGAGAGAGAGAGAGAGAGAGAGAGAGAGAGAAAAAGAGAAAGAUAGAGAUAGAUAGAUAGAUAGAGAGAGAGAGAGAGAGAGAGAGAGAAAGAGAUAGAGUGCGUGAUAAAGGAGCUUCGAAAAACGUGUCUACAGUGUCGACGGGGCUGACACCCCAAGUACAGGAGGUGUGCUAUAUGCAUCAGGAAUAAGGAGUAAAGUGUAUAAGAAGAAGGAGCGAGGAGGUGCAAAGGGGGAGUGGAUAAGCAAGUAUAGAAGGAAGGAGAGGAGGGAGACCGUCGCGACGGACGUCGCUGGACGUCGCGUGGGACCAAAGGAAGAAAAACCGAGGAACGCUUCUUCCCUGUGUCUGAUGAGCUCCUCCGUCGUACCGUUGGUGGUAAGAUGGCUGUGCAGCUGGACGGAGGAGGGAAGGAGGUCUUGAAAACACAAUUCGCCACGCGGGAAGGAACGUACAAGCUGAUGACCUUGUCGGAAUACUCGAGGCCGAACAGGGUCGGCUACACCAACAGCCAAGGGAGUGCGUCCGUCAGGGUAUCCUUCGUCACAUUGCCAGACUCUUCGAAUCCCUCGGGUACGCAAGAACACGACGACCGAAUGUGUUUUAAUUUCGGAAAGGAGCUCUAUGUCUACGUUUAUCGUGGUGUCAAAAAGGCUGUGGAUUUGAACAAUCCCGUGGAAAAGAAAACAUAUAAAGGAACUAAUCCUACUUGCCACAAUUUUAAUCAAACUACAGCGACGGCAGAUAGUGCACCAUUAUUAGUAGGAUUUUCUACAGGACAAAUACAAUUGAUAGACCCUAUAAAACAAGAAUUCAGUAAAUUGUAUAACGAAGAUAGACUUAUAGACAAAAGUAAGGUAACAUGCAUAAAAUGGGUUCCUGGUUCAAAUAAUCUAUUCUUGGUCUCUCAUAGUUCGGGUCAGCUAUAUCUGUAUAAUGAGGAACUUAUUUGCGGAACGACAGCACCUCACUAUCAAUCGUUUAUGUCUGGCGAUGGUUACGCCGUAUACGUGUGUAGGCAAAAUCUACCAGGAACCCUCCUAUACAGAUGGGUGAUAGGUGCAGAGGGAUGUUAUAAUGAAUUUGCCUUCAGCCCUUGCGGCUCAAAAUUGGCAGUUGUUUCUCAAGAUGGAUUUCUUCGAGUAUUCCAAUAUAAUAAAAUGGAACUUUUAGGAUCAGCAAGAAGUUACUUUGGUGGAUUUUUGUGCGUAUGUUGGUCGCCGGAUGGGAGGUACGUUGUCGUUGGAGGAGAAGACGAUCUUGUUACGAUCUGGAGCUUUCGAAAACGGGUGGUACCCGCGGGCAAGGUCCAUCAUAGUUGGGGUGCGUUUGUUGCGUUUGAUCCAUAUACCACGUCGUAUGGUGAUCAGGACCCUGACUUUAGCGGAUCGGAUGAUGAAACGAUGCCUCAUAAUAACCAUAAUCAUUUUCAUGAAAAGUCAAAUCGUUUGUCGACAACUUCGCAAGGAGUUCAUUCUAAUAGGAACUCUAGUGGGUCAGAACUGAGAGUGCCAGGUGUACGUGUUUACAGGGCUUGGUAGCGUAUCGCAAGAACCCAAUUGUGUUUGGGGGACAUCACGGAAGAUAUAUUAAGGCAGCCGGUAUGUCCUAAGCAGAGACUUCCGGCCGCAGGUUCUACUACCUUCUCUUCGUCGGGGACACACAAUAGCGGUAACGGUUCAAUGGCUAAUCAUCAUAUUGAACAUUCUAAAACUCAAUAAUACAAAUAAUAUAAUUAUAGGAAAACGUGAGUGGUAUAUGAAAGUAGUAACAAUAGCGCGAGUACCAACGCAGCAGUGUCUACUGUAAAUUCGUUGACACAGAGGCUAGCAGGUCUUGGUUUUGGUGAACGUAAGGGUGAUAAUCACAAGAGAACUUUAGCCUCACUAUGAGAGGUAGUGGGUGCAUCUAAUAGCACGAUCGUGCAAAAAACAUAGUGGCGACAAAAACGAGCACCAACUCGAAUGCGAGUAGUAAAUAUGAACAGUGUCGUCGGUGCAAGUUUAGUAGGUGCAAAUAAGAAGGUCAGUUCGGUGAUGGACGAUCCAAUGAGAUUAAUAGGAACUGCCUAUUGUCCGAGGUUCGACGAGUGCCCAGUCCUUCACAUUGGUGUCAAAAAGCUGGCGCACGAGAGAUUGACUGAAUUAGUGUUUAGGAAAGAUUGCUUCGUAACUGCGUGUCAAGAUGGAUACGUAUAUACAUGCAGACCAGGUCACAUGGUAGGGAUCCUCUUACCAUAAACAACACUCUGGCACAGGCCACACCAUCAUAGUAUCCCUUACACCAAUAUCAAUUCCUUGCGAUCUAACGAUCUCUGAUGUGUAACUUGUUCCCAAUCAUCGUUGAGAUAACUCCAUAAAGUAGAAUUUAAUUAAUUAUCGAUAUGUCAAUUUCUAUGUAAAUAGAAAUAAUAAUUUUAGGUCUUACCUUGAAGAGACCAUUAAAGAUCCUUAAUACUUUAUUUCGUCUUAUCCGCACCAGUCUCACUGAGAGGAAUUGUUAAAGCAGGGGAGAGAUCUAUAAAAUUCGAUGUAAAUAUAGAAUUGAUUCCAAGAGAGUAAUGUUAUAGUUGAAGGUCAUAGGUCGACAUUUCACGUUUCCGUGUUCUUUGUAUAAUGACAUACGCGUAAAUAGAUGGAUUGCGUGUUUAGGCCAAUUAUUUACCGCACCUCGUUCACUGUAGUUAAUAAGUGUUAGAAGGUGCCAUUAGAGGAAGCAUUAAAAAGAAAAAAAGAAAAAAAAAGAAAAAAAGAAAAACAAAAAAAAACUAAUAUUUU